GAAAAAUGAAAGAUAAAAAAUGGAAAAUGGAAAAAGAAAAAAAAAAAGAAACGAGUAAAGGAAAGAAUAGUAUAAUUUGAAUAUAGAUUGGUGUAAAUAUAUUAAACAUUAAUUUUUUUAGAGUAAAAAAACUGGACAAAAGAAAUGAUUUAAAUAUUAAAAGAUAUGGUGGAUAAGAGUUAAAAAAAAAAGAAAAAAAGAACCCAAAUAAGUAAUGAAAGUAGUAUAAUUGAAGCAAAAUAGUAUAACCAAUAAAUGCAAUGAAUGUAAUGAAUAGGUUAUGAGGAAGUAUGAGAUAUUUAGAUAUAGUUUGAAGAGUUUAAAUGGAUCAUACAGGUCAAUUAUCAAUGGUGCAGAAAAAGAAAAAGCACAAGAUCGAAAGUUGCACAGCCAUGGUGGAAAAGAGGAAAUGUAAAUAUGAUUUGGAAUCCAAGAAAAUUGAAAAGAGUUGGAAAAGAGAGAACAUGAUUACAAAGAAAAGUAAUUAAAGCGAGAUGUGUGUAUAAGAUGUGAGAGAAGAAUAUUUCGAUGAAUGCUGGGCGAGUAAAAAGAAGAGCAGAGAUCAGAUAAUCGGCGAUCGAAGUGAGUCUACCUGUAGUUUUGGUUGUAAUGUAAUUGUAAAUGAAAAUGUAAGACAAUUACAUAUUCAGUGGUUUCGAUACAUUUGAUACAUUUGAU